AUGUCUGCAGCUCCUCAUGCAGACUCGUCACUGCAGAGGCGAUUGUACACGGAUGCAUCCAUUCUCCGAGCGUUGGUGAACCUAUGCGAAUAUGCAGAAACUCUGGACCGUCAAGCGGCCAGAUCUGCUAUAGCUUCUCUGGAUAAAGCAAUAAUCAUUGCAGGCGCUCCUGGGGAGAGAAGACUACAGAUUAUCUACGACAUCAUCGAGCAAAUUCAAUCUCAUUGCCUGGGAGUAGAGGACAUUGCCUUUGUCGCUAACGCAGUUUCGCCAAACUCUCGAGAUGUUUCCGUCUCUCCUCUCAUGACUCUGGAGAGUGCCUUAAGCUCUGUCCCUCGACUUGACUCUCCACCGUCUCUGGCUGCGUUCGUCAAACAAUACUCACAGUCUCCCUUCGUCCUGCCGGGUUACAUCCGAGAUUGGCCCGCUCUGCAUGAACAUCCGUGGAAAUUCGUGGAGUAUCUGCGCUACGUUGCUGGUCCUGGGCGACUGGUCCCAGUCGAGAUUGGAAAUGAUUACAGGCAAGAUGACUGGACUCAAGCAUUGAUGCCGUGGGAUACGUUUUUGGAUGCCCUUGACCAGAAAACGCCUGAUGAUGGCCAGACAAGGCAGCAGCCGCUGUAUUUAGCACAGCAUAAUCUACUUAAGCAGUUCCCCAAAUUGCGGAAUGACAUUCUGAUCCCUGACUACGCUUACGCCUCUUUACCCCCGCCUGCGGGCUUCCCUGGUUACGUAGCACCUGCAAAUGACGACCAGCUCGUACUGAAUGCUUGGCUGGGCCCCAGCGGCGCUGUGUCGCCAGCGCACACGGAUCCAUAUUACAACUUCUAUGCUCAAGUCGUAGGCCGGAAAACCGUGUGGCUUUCCCCGCCAGAUGUGACACCGUCCAUGUAUCCCUAUCCACCGCCUUCAGAGAGCACGUCGGACCAGCCACACAAUCCAGCUGCCAAUAACGCCAGUCCAUCCAUGAGCAACACAUCACGAGUGGACGUGUUCCAGCGCCGUGACGAUGCGGGUGGCGGUGCGCUGCCGCUGUUCUGGAAAGAUGUCGUACCACGGGCGAUGAGCGUCACGCUUGAGCCGGGUGACCUAUUGUUCUUCCCCCCGGGGUGGUGGCAUGCGAUGCGUGGCGAAGAAACGAGCUUCUCGGUGUCGAUGUGGUUCUGA